CGUUUUCGUCUUCGUCUUCGUCUUCGUCUCCUCCUCCUCUUCUUCUUCCUCGCUCUUUCCAUGGUUUGAUUAAGUUUGGGGGAAAAGGGAAGGAAGAAGCGUGCGGAUCAGCGCGCGAUUGAGGAGAGCCGCGCCGCACGAUUCCGUGUAGGAGUCGCGCUUUGAUCGCAUUUGAUUUGGUUGGGAUUUGGGGGAGCAGGCGAACGAGAGCUAGGUCGUUCGAUUUGAUGCCUAAUCGUUGGAGUUUAACUCAUUUCGUUGGAUUUUUGAGUAAUUUUUUAAAGUAAUUUUUGAAGUUGGGGGAGGUUGUUUGGAGAAUUAGGGUUUUGGUGUGUGUUGAUUCCUCUUCGAUUUCGUUAAGCUCAAAGCUAUAUGGAUUUUGAAGCUCACUUGUUGAAAUUUGAGUAAUUUCUUUGGAAUUUGGAAUUUGGGAUUUUGCUAUGGUUUGUUUCCCAUUCUUUUUCUCCAAUUUUAAAGUUCCUCUUUUUUCAGUCACUGAAAAUAGAGGUCAAAAAAACUGUUUUUGCCUUGUUAUCGCAAAAAGGUGAGCUUUUUGCUGAUUAAUUUUGCAGAAAAGGGCUCAUUUUGCUUGAAAAAUCGGGCGCUCUUUUUGUUUCCUAAUUUUUACACAGUGACUAAUUGGUUCAUAGUGUCCCCUCUUUCAUUUUUAAGGAAAAAGGGCUCCUUUGUUUACUUUUGGGUGAUAUGUUGGUUUUGUUUAUCAAUUGGUUGCUUUGAAUAUGUGCUGAUUCUUUGUUUUUUCCCCCUAUUUCAUCCUUUUUUGUUUUGAUCUUUCGGCAGAUUCGAAAGCAUUUCUUUUCUUCCUUGUAAUUGUGUCGCUUUUGCUUAAAGUAAAAAUGGCGGCUUUUACCCGCAUCUCUUGCUGGUUAUGGGGAGUAAAAGAUCAUGACACUUCCAGUGUGUCCCCGAACCCUUCUGCGAAUCUUCCUUCCGGAUUUCGGGAAUUCGAUUCUCUGCAGUUUCCAUCAGUUAAUAGCCAUAGAAUGAGGCCUUCGUCGCGAAGAAUCAAGAAGAAGCGGCAAAGCCGGGAGGAAAGGAGGAGAAUUGAUAGGGAGUAUGAUGUUGUUCUCGUCCCGUCGGACGGUGGGUGCAUGUCGGGGUCAGAAUCGGAUGGUUCGGAUUGGUCUAUCGGAUGGUUAGAACCCCACGCACCCGAUUUCCUGAGCGAAGUCGAAACGGAGAAUAGCUUCGCUGUCCUCGUCCCCUGCUAUGGCCGCGGCCGCCAUGAGCAGGAGGAGUUCUCCAAGAACAAUGUUUUUGGUACUACAAACGAUCUCAUGGAAGAGAAUAUUUAUGAGAACAAGAACUUUAUCGAACAGUGGCUUUCUUCUCUUGAGAGCUCGUAAUGUCGUGAAUCACAUGCAGUUUGUCAAUGAUCCUGAGCUAAGCAUAUGUUGAAGAAAAAAGAAAAAAGAAAAGAAAAGAUUAAGAGAAAAAGAACAAACAAUUUCUCCCAAAAGAAAAAAAAAAUUCAAACAAAGAAGGUUAUGUGGGGUAAUGGGAACUUCCAUAUGGAUAUGCAAAUCUGCCAGUUCUGAGCUAAAAAUGAAAGCAACAAAUUCUUUUGGCGCAGAAAAGGAAAGUGACCAAGAAGAGGUGUUCUAGCUCACAAACAUAGCGAUGAUCUUGUUUAUCUCCUUACGACGAUGUAAAUAUCUUUGUAAAUACAUUUCGCCUGUAAAUAUGACUGUAAAUAUGUUGCUACCUUAUGCAGAAAUUCACUGUACAUACUUUUUGGACAAGGCCAAGCUCCGCGAAUCCUGUUCUAUAUAUGUUCCAAUCGAUCUAUUAUGAUCUUGUUGAUUUGAUGGCCAA